AUGGCGACAACCGGAGCAGGCCAACAUGUUCUUCUGAUGGGGGCGAACGGCUUUCGCAGAUACGCCGUCACGGCCACCGUUCGGUCGCAAGAGAAAGCCAACGAUAUCCUCAGGACUCAUCCUUCGUGGAAGGGCCGCGUGGAAUUUACCAUCGUGGCGGAUUUCACUUCCACACAGCCGUUUGACAAUCUUUUCCAGAACGCAAAAAACCCCUUCAACUAUGCCAUUCAUACCGCCUCUCCCCUCAGGUUCCAGGUAUCGGACAUUCAGAAAGAGAUGAUCGAGCCAGCAGUGAUGGGAACCACGGAGAUCUUGAAAGCGGCCAGCCAUUAUGGUGGCGCUUCCCUGAAACGAUUCAUCCUGCUAGGGAGUGCAGUCUCCGUCCUAAAUUCCUUUGAGGACAUGUCCAGGGAAGGGAAGCCAUAUACCGAGAAAGACUGGAAUCCUGUAACGGCGGAACAAGCCAUCGAACGGAAUGACCCCGUUCUGGGCUAUAAUGUCUCCAAGACCCGGGCGGAAGCCGCGGCGUGGGAAUUCAUGAAGCAAACCUCCCCAGCUUUCGACCUGGUGGUGAUCAACCCGGAUAUCAUCACAGGGCCCAUGAUCCAUCCUAUUUCCGAGCCCAGAUCGGUCAAUGAGACCAACCAGUUCGCCAUUCGGAGCUUCAUCGAUGGAACCCAUCCAAAGAUCGAAGACGUGACGUUCCCCUUCUACCACUUCGUGGACGUCCGCGACGUAGCUCGGAGCCAUGUAGAUGCGCUAACCAACACUGCAGCUGCCGGUCAGCGCAUUCUUCUCAUUUCAGGCCUAAUCGCGCCGCAAUUGGUCGUCGAUGUCAUUCGGAAGAACUUCCCUGCCCUCAGGGAUCGGGUGCCCGAGGGGAAUCCCUCCCAGAGCUUGCCCCCAGGGGUCCAUCCCACGGGAUGGGAUAUGCGGACAAGUGUGGAUAUUCUCGCCCAGGGCACUGAGGAGGGUAGAUGGAACUAUAUCGACCUCGAGACUAGCGUCAUUGAUGCCGUUAACUCCAUGAUUGAGCAUCGUACCAUUUAA